CUUUCCUUCUUCAUUUUUUUUUCUCUAUACAACCACCAGCUCGGGAAAAUCCAAAUCUCCAAAUCCAAAAAAAAAAAAAAAAACCCAAAGAGGAAAUUUUUAGUCUAUGGUUUUGACUGACACCCCUACAAGGAUGUCCCGGACCGACGAGGUGCACCGUAUAACGGAGAAUGUCUACAAGUCCAUCAUGGAGCAGUUCAAUCCCUGCUUGCGGAACUUCAUCGCGAUGGGAAAAAGCUACGAGAAGGCGCUAACGAGUGUCACAUACGCUGCAAAGGGCUACUUCGACGCUCUGGUGCGGAUGGGCGAGAUGGCCAGCGAAAGUCAAGGCUCUAAGGAUCUUGGGGAGGUUCUGUUUCAGAUGGCAGAAGUGCACAGACAGAUCCAGAUCCAGCUUGAAGAGAUGCUCAAGUCUUUCCACAACGAGCUGCUGACGGAGCUGGAGAAGAAGGUGGAGCUGGACGCACGCUACCUGAACGCUGCUCUGAAGAAGUACCAGAUGGAGCACAAGAGCAAAGGGGAGAGUUUGGAGAAGUGCCAAGCUGAGCUGAAGAAGCUGCGCCGAAAGAGCCAGGGAAGCAAGCACCCGUCCAAGUACGGAGACAAGGAGAUGCAGUAUGUGGAGGCCAUCAGCAACAAGCAGAGCGAGCUGGACAACUACAUCGCCGAAGGCUACAAGAACGCUCUGUCUGAGGAGAGGAGGAGGUACUGCUUCCUGGUGGACCGUCAGUGCGCCGUCGCCAAAAACAGCAACGCCUACCACUCCAAGGGUAAGGAGCUUUUAACCCAGAAGAUCCCCGUGUGGCAGCACGCGUGCGCUGAGCCCAACAAGCUACCGGACCGUGCCAUGUUCCUGGCCCAGCAGAUGAGCGGUGGGAUGGCACCAUGGUCUCCUCUCAUCACCCCAGCAUCUCUGACUCCUACCUGGUGCUAAACCCCUACGGUGCCUCCAGAGCUGGCAGCCCUCAGAGCCAGCGGGGUCAUGGGUCAGCAGAGGCUGAUGGGAGGUGUUGAAGGAGGGAUGGCUGUGAUGAACGGUACAGCCGGCGCCCACGGAGGAGAAGACUACCAGCAGUGGAUUGAGAGCAAGGCGGCGCAGGUCAAGGCCUCGCCGCAGACCCAGCGGCACGGAGCGGAGGUCUACUCCAACACUCUGCCUGUUCGUAAGGUCGCACCCGCCAAGAGCAAGACCCCCAUGAUGGAGACCCGUACGCUGCCCCGGUCCAGCUCCAUGGCGGCUGGUCUGGAGAGGAACGGCAGAACCCGCGUCCAGGCCAUCUUCUCCCAUGCAGCCGGAGACAACAGCACCCUGCUCAGCUUCAGCGAGGGUGACAUCAUCACCCUGCUGGUCCCCGAGGCCCGCGACGGGUGGCACUACGGCGAGAACGAGAAGACGAGGAUGCGUGGCUGGUUUCCUUUCUCCUACACUCGGGUGAUCGCUGAGCCUGACGGUGACAUGAGGCAACUCAGAGUACACAACCUCCAUGGGAAAAGCAGCAGCACAGGAAACCUUCUAGAGAGAGAAGACAUGGCUCUCCCCAUGCCUGAUUACGGCAUCCACCAACGUAUGGCGGCACAGAGCGCUGCGGCGUUGCAUGGUAGACAACAACGCCCCUACAGCGUAGCAGUGCCAGGUUUCUCACAGCCAGGAGUUGAAGAGUAUGAGCCUCGCUUCCCCACAAGUUCCGCAGAGGGCAAACUGAUUUCGACAGUGUGAGGACAGACAGACAAACAGGCACAGACUCAGCCAGAUGAUGCGAUAGGACAGGCCACCUCGCUGAACCCUCAACCAACCCCUCCUCA